CCUCCCACCAGACACGUACGCCGCCCAGUGCUCCUGAAGUUGAAUUUGGAGGACACAAAACAGCUCGUAAACAUGGAAGGACGCUUCUCGAGAAGAAGAAUAUCAGGGAACCCGUAAGAACCUCCUUAAGAUGUUGGGUAUCACGCCGAGCUUUAGCCCAGCUAGCUAGAAAUCGCCAAACUGGAUUGUGUUGAAAAAGGAAAGGACAGUUUGUCCCUGAUACACUGACAGCUGGGGUCUGCAAAGGGGAGAGAAACAUGAAGUUCGCUCAGUUUUUGUUGAAAAACGGCUCCGUUGCGGGGAUCCCGAAACAAGUGGAGAGGUUUUCCAAGUUUUCGCCCUCUCCCCUAUCGAUAAAGCAGUUCCUUGACUUCGGCUCAGCCAAUGCAUGUGAGAAGACCUCCUUUGUGUUCCUGCGACAGGAGCUCCCAGUCAGACUGGCCAACAUCAUGAAGGAAAUUGAUUUCCUCCCUGACAAGCUCCUUGGCACUCCAUCCCUGAAACUGCUCACCAGCUGGUAUUCACAGAGCUUGCUGGAGUUAGUAGACUUUUUAGAAAGAGAUCCAGAUGACAAGGAAGUCCUUACAAACUUUACACAGACUCUAGUAAACGUCCGGAACCGGCACAACAACGUGGUGCCCACCAUGGCUCAGGGCGUGGUGGAGUACAAGGAUGCUUUCGGCGUGGACCCCGUCACCAACCAGAACGUCCAGUACUUCCUGGACCGCUUCUACAUGAGCCGCAUCUCCACACGCAUGCUCAUGAACCAGCACACAUUAAUCUUCGACGGCAGCGUGAACCCGGCCCAUCCCAAACACAUUGGCAGCAUUGACCCCACCUGUGAUGCUGUGGAGGUAGUAAAAGAUGCCUAUGAGACAUCCAAAAUGCUGUGUGAGCAGUAUUACCUGACCUCUCCUGAUAUGGAGAUCACAGGAGUCAACUCCAAAAUCCCUGGUCAGCCGCUCCACAUUGUGUACGUGCCAUCUCAUCUUUACCAUAUGCUGUUUGAGCUGUUCAAGAAUGCGAUGAGAGCUACAGUAGAGACCCAUGAGACGAGUCCGACGCUGCCGUCCAUCAAAGUUCGCGUUGCUCUCGGCACUGAGGACCUCACUAUCAAGAUGUCUGACAGAGGAGGUGGAGUCCCUCUGAGGAAGAUUGAGCAUCUCUUCAGCUACAUGUACUCCACAGCUCCCAGCCCUGUCCAUGUAGACAACUCUCGCAACGCACCUUUGGCUGGUUUUGGAUAUGGCCUUCCCAUCUCCCGCCUGUAUGCCAGGUAUUUCCAGGGAGACCUGCAGCUCUACUCUAUGGAGGGCUACGGCACCUCAGCUGUCAUUUACUUGAAGGCCCUGUCCUCAGAGUCAGUGGAGAGACUGCCUGUUUUCAACAAAUCCGCCUUACGGCAUUACCAGGCCAGCACCGAGGCCGACGACUGGUGCAUACCCAGCAAGGAGCCAAAGAACCUCGGCAAGUAUGAGAGCAAUCGGUGAUGGUGACUGAGGGAAGAAGUCGUGAACACUCUGAAGUAGUUUGAAUUGAAGAAUAAUUAAGAGGAGAAGGGUACAUGGUGGGAGAAAUGUAUAAACUUGUACUGUAAGUGCUAGACGGCACCGAAUGCUAUGAGGAUGGUGCUUAUUUACGCUCAUUGUGCUUGGAUUCGUCUCUCACGCAAGAGAGAAAAUGUAAGGAGAAAAUCACUCAUCGCUGAUAUGAAGACAGACAAAUGCACAGCAAUAGCUAACCUGAACUAUUACCUCCUGAAGCUGAUUUCAGACCUGCCUCCAGACGGUUUAACCCUACAAAAGCUCACCAUUUCACUUUAUGAUGACUACAUGCUGCUAAUGGAAAAUGGAACAAGUCAAGUAUUAAUCGCCUCAAUCAUUACACUCAGAAACAAGCAAGCUAACUAUUUUUUUUUCAAGGUGUAUCAUUUCACACUGAAGUCUUCGGGUAGUAAAAUCCCUGUGUAUCAAUGAUUUAAAAAGCCCAGCUGAAGCCGGCUGGGGCGCUCAACAGAAUGGGAGACUGAUCAGUGACGCCAGCAUUAACACAAAGGGAGCAAAGUCUGUUGAUAACUUUCAGCUGCAGUUUGCAGCUUCGUUUCACGCUCACAACUUCUGCAUUUCAUUAUCAGCUCUCAUACAACGGCCACGACACUGAAAACGAGAUGUAAACAGAACGUGAUCCUUUAGUUAAAGAACUGUGAAUGUCACUACCUACCUACUUUCUGCUUUAGCAAUGAACCCAUGUAAGCUGAAAUGACUUUUAAAGUGAAUUCUGUUGAAUGUUGAGUGAAAUAUUUGAAGUCAGUAUGUAUGACUGAACUGUGAGUAACUGAAUUUCAAUUGUAGCGUAUUUCAAUAUAGCCUUCGCAAGAAUUUUAACGUAUUCAAACUGUGAAGGUAAUCACAGUAGGAACUAAAAUGUAACCUUUUUAAACUUUUUACAAGAAGGUUUCUGAGGAAUAACUCCCUAAAGCUACACAGCGGAUCUCAGCGUAUUGCUGGUCAUUUGAUGAUAUCACCACCGCUGAACUAAUGGUGCAUGUGUUGUGUUGUUAAGUGACUUAUUUGAGAGGAUCUAAAGGUCUCCGUUAUACAAAACACUGUAAGCCAUCAUCCUGCUAUGUGCACCGGACACAUAGCUGGGAUAAUUCUUUAUGCAAACUGUAUUAAUCAAACAGAUGUGGCCUUAUGUUGUAUGUAAUUUCACAUAGUCCAUGUCAUACCAGUCAGAUUUUUAUAUUCUGUACUUCUCAGUUCAACCUUUGCCUAAUUUUAAGCUUUUUAGAGUGGAAAACUUCAUCUUGAUUUGUGUAAAAUGAAAUGUUUCCUAUUAGGUGUGAUUUUGUGAAUUGUCCUUGAACUACUACACACAUGUUGUUCACUUAUUGGACUGUAAGCAUCACUCAAAGGCCAAGUGUUACUGUACUAAGUCUGUCGUUCACCACUAGAAGGACCAGUAAAGAAUAAAAACCUCAUGUCAUUUC